ACAAUAUUAUUUCGCAUUUAUUUGAAGCCCAAACGAGACUUUGUUUGUUAUACACUUUUCCCGCCCACAUUUCGUGCUAAAGCACAUUUAUCACCGAGGAGUAACCCAUCGAAUAUAAAAACCAAAUAACAAAGAAACAAAUAAGCUGCUAAAAAUAUAAUCCUUUAGCCCCUCGUAUUUGCCAACCUACCCCAAAAAAAAAAAAAAAAAAAAAGCGAUAGCGUUCACAACAAUUUAAAUACCAAUUUGCCUAAUUAAGGCACCUCUAGACGACCGCGCCUCCGCCUCUGCCACUGACAACUCAACUCGUUCGGUAGAGUUAGCUUCUGAAUCCCCACAGACCGGUCGUAAGUCCAAAAUAUUGCGUGACCCGUCUGGUGGUGGGUUUGGCCAAGGGGAAGUCGGUGCAGCUGGACAAGUAAUGACAUCAACGCCGCCACAUGAUGGGAUAUCCCUGACCAGAGGUCAUUGGUGGGAGCUACGCGACGGCAAUCGAAUCCGGUGGCCUGCCUGACAUUGAAUUCAGGCAUUGCAUUGUCAAUCAGUCAGGAACCGUCAUCAAGGCCUUCAAGUUGUUUAUUCGUCCACUUUCAAUUCCCAACCCCCGCAGACGAUGACAGCCAAAAGCGAUAGGGACAUUCUGGCCAACUCCAUGUACGAGGAUGACCCAAAUGGCAACUCAGCGCCCACAACCACAAAGGACCAGGAAUCGGAUAAGCCGGAGGAGGUGCUUAAGGUCACCACUGGCGCCAUAGCCACAUCCAAUAACCCGGAGAUAGCUUCUCCGCGCUGGGGACCGCAGAAUAAGGGCGCCCAGGAACUGGCCUCGUUAUACAGUCCAGGAAAGCGCGCUCAGGAAAUCAUAUGCGUAUACACCUGCAUUGGCCUGAUGAUCAUCAACCUGGCCCUGAUUGUGAGGCACCUGCGUCUGGAGCGGAUAAGUGUGGCCUUUUUGUCCGCCUUGUGUGGCAUCAUCACGGCUGAUUUUGCCUCCGGAUUGGUGCACUGGGCAGCAGAUACAUGGGGAUCCGUGGAUCUCCCACUGCUUGGAAAAAAUUUCCUGCGUCCAUUUCGAGAGCAUCAUCUGGAUCCCACAUCAAUAACACGUCACGAUUUCAUUGAGACGAACGGCGACAACUUUAUGGUUGGCAUACCAAUCCUCGGCUAUUUGGCGCACUUUUUCUACAUCAGGUCACCGAGCGAAAUUCAGCAGCAUUUCGGCUGGAUAGCCUAUGUCUUUCUUUGCUCCAUAUUUGUGGCCAUGACCAAUCAGAUACACAAAUGGUCGCACACCUACUGGGGACUGCCGAGGUGGGUCCUGUUACUCCAGAGCUGUCACAUAAUCCUGCCACGCAAGCACCAUCGCAUCCAUCAUGUGGCACCGCAUGAGACGUACUUUUGCAUCACCACCGGAUGGCUUAAUUGGCCACUGGAACGCAUCAGAUUCUGGUCAACAUUCGAGCUUAUCAUCGAGCAUUUUACGGGCCUAAAGCCCCGCGAUGACGACCUGAAAUGGGCCAAGAAACUCACAUAGAUUCGCUGCCCAGCGGACUGUAUAUAGGAAACUUGGACCAAGCAGCCUUAACUUUCUAAAAGUCAUCUUCAACUGUUAUCAUUAUUAUUAUUGAAAUGUUUUGCACAACGAAGUAGCUUUAAGUGAGAGCAGAUUACAUACCUGUAAAGUUAACUGAGCAAAUGGCAUAGUUCUAAGUUGCAUGUUUGUUAUUGAUAGUUUAAGUUAGUGUUUUUUGUAUAACUUUUAUACACACCUGCACACACUCGCACAUUAGAGCGCAUAAAAAUACAUGCAUUCAUUGAUCUCGCCACAAAUUAAACGUACUACGAGUGAGCCUUACGUAUACCUAAAUAAUAAACAAUACAAAUUACUGAAUAUUAAGCACUGGCUUGUCGGAUAACUUUUUAAAAAUUUACACAAAACAAUGUUAAUUACUUGAUAAAUAAGCUUAAAGAGCAACUGAUUUUUGUACCACAUCCAAACAAAAAGACAUUUUUAAUACAUUUCAUCAUCGCAGCUUUUCGAUGGCUAUAAAAUAAACUAAUUUAUUUACAACUAUACAUAAAUAUAUACAAAAUACAAAUUAAACUAGGCGCUGUAUGCAAUCAAGAACGUGACUUACAAAUUUUGCCUUAAAAGAACAUUUUUUAUAUGUAUAUGAUAUGAACAAUUUAUGGAAAAGCGGAUACAGAUUUUAGUAUGCACACUUUUAGUGGCAAUUGUUAAAACUUUUUUGAAAGACCAAUUUUGUAUAAUUUAUUUCCAAAAAAGUCGUACUACUAGAUGGCUAGUUGCUUGUAUAAUUUGAUGUGUUGAUGCGCAACACAGUAGUUUUAAGGCAGCAAUAUUAAUUGUGAUCUGAAUAAAUGAAAACUUAAUGCUAAUA